AUGGGAGACUUUCGUUUCUUUUUCCGUCGUCGACACGACCGUGGUAGGCUUUUCUCAUUCGCUAUUUCUUCGACCCUUGUACUUAUAUGCCUAGCUUGUCUUUCCACAUUUCUAUUUCAAGGAAAGCUCUCUCGCGGCGCUGGGAAAUGUAAAGAUUCAUGGAUAUCGCUCCCUCACAAAAGUCCAGAUGUCAUGUUCAUUUCAAUUGUGGCCUCUGAUUCUAUCGUUCACUCUCUUGUCGGUGUCAAUGAGCUUCAAAUCGAAGAUCAGAACUGUGUGUAUCGUCUCUACACGAGCUCAGAGCGGGUUCAUGCUCAAUUUUCCAGAGAAUACGAUGGGCUAUGCGUCCUAAAGCAAAAGAAGUGCGCUGUCGACGUUCGACUUCAAAGCGGUAUGCGGAUGUGGGGUGAUAUCACCCUCGAUGACGUUCCCAAGAGCACCGCUGUCGUUUUCCUCAGGGACGGUAUCAAGUUUACGACCCGUGCAAUGGAUUGGUUGAAGCUUGCGCACGUCGGAAUUGACAAGUACUACACAGCCGGCGGACGAAGGGAGUAUGUCGGAGCAGCGAUUGGCUGCCAUGGGGAAAUGUCGCUUUCACCAUGGUGGUCGCAUGUCGUUGGGCCUUUGAAUACAACGUGCGCAUUUUCUCCGUCGCGAACGGGUCGAGAGGAUAUGUGGGCAUUUUUUUCGCAGUGGUUCAAAUCAAGAAGGCGGGAGUGGAUUAGCUGGCCUCAUAUUUGGGAAGAAGACAUGUCUGUCCCCACAUUUCGGCGGGGAGAGUCGAAUUCCAAGCAAGAUAGGAAACUAAUCAAGUAUAGCACACGCGUGGGGAAGAAUUACGGGUAUGUAGGAAACCCUUAUCUCCUGUGGGAGAGAUGGUUUACUAGGUGGGCAGCGAGCUACACAAUGCGUGUUAUUUCAGCAGAGUCAAACUUGGGUAUACGCCUCCCUGGUGCGGCGCCUGGGACAGAUAAGGAUGGCAUUUCUGCUGCGUCAGACGAAAGCGCAAAGAAGAUACUCUCAACGCAGUACGGGGACAGCGUGAGAAUUGGGUCGGUUUGGUACGAACCGUUCGACGCAGAGUUUGGCAAGCGCUACUUUGAAGCUUUGCAAAGUAUCGUUGCUGAACGCCCAACCAUGGUAUCGAUUGCAGUGAUCAGUUCACAAGUUUUGGAGUUGACGAAGAGCUGGUUGUGCAACGUGAAGCAGGCAGGCUUUGAGCCACCGCACAUCUUCUGGAUCACCUUCGAUAAAGAAUCAAAAACCGUACUCGAUGCAUCUGGUGUUGGGCGUACUAUAGAUAUUACGGACGCGUUGUCGCCGGAGAACAUGGAUAGCGUACAUAUUCUCGACGGGCAGCCCGCGUACUGGAAAAUGAUGUUGAUGAGGGCGCGGCUGAUUCGAGACUUGCUGGACAGAGGGAUUGAUGUGUUUCUGUUCGAAACGGACCAGAUAUGGCUUCAAGAUCCGUUCAUACGCAUAGGUAAAGAGGUGCAUGCAGGGGCCGACGUGGUUGGGACGCUGGACUCAGAACAGAAGAUAGCAGGAAGCAUGCUAUUGUUAAGAGCACUAUUGUCGACAAGACGAUUAUGGGGCGAGGUGUAUCACCGGUUUCGACUAUCGUACGAUGAAAUGCAGAUUGAGACAAAAGAUAUUCAUUCGCAAUCAAUUGUCGCACAUGAUGAAACUCAGCUAAGCGCUCUGCUGCUCUUCGAACGGGAUUUUACGCAGGACUUUCCGGUGGCUCUUGGUUUACUCGACAAGCAAGCCUUCGUUGAGGGAUCAUGGUACACGGGGACGUACACGAAUGAGGAUGCGAAGCGACCUGUGACGAUUAGCAACAACUUUGUCUCUGGAGCAGAGGCGAAGAAGUCACAGGCGCAGGAGUUCGGACAUUGGUUUUUGAAGAGAGAUAAUAUAACGUGCGACCAGGUUUCAGUGAGGAAGGCUCUGCGGUAUGAAUUUUUGCAGAUGCCGGGACGUUGGCACAAAGAGGCAGAGGGAGAUUGA